AUUUUCCAGCCCUAGUGCAGAUAGAAAAUCUGUUUUUGUUUUUGCCCCAUGACGAGUUCCACAACAAAAGCGAUUAAAUAUGCAUACCUAGAGCGAUUGCAACAAAGAUAUAGCUGCUAAUGCUAUAGCCGGAUGGGAUGGACAAGCUCCGCAGCAGCAGCAGUCUGGCUGGUAUCGGCUCCUUCACCGCCUCCACGGCCUCGUCAUCGACUGGCAAGGAGUCGCCCCAUCCGCACCCGACAGCCGCCAGCCAGCAGCUCGAACAGUAUCCCAAGAACCUGAUAGAGCAGUAUCUAAGGGCCUCCAGUAAAAUCAAGAAAUUCGAACGUGCCGGCUUCUUCAAACGCUUCGCACCCAGUGCCGGGGAUGUGCAGGCGGACUUCCAGCGGCUGGCCUACAGCUUCGAGGAGUCGGGCAUCCAUCAGUACGCCGCCAUGUGUCACAUCGGCUACGCCAAGUGCGAAUCCUACGGCGGCUCCUCGCAACGGGAGGCUGAGGCAUUCCUGCGGGCAGCACGCUCCUUCCAGCGGGCGCACAACGAGAGCGGACGUCUGAACCUGCGCACCUGGCACUCGGGCUUCCGUGAGGGUGCCCUGCACUGCUACCAGCGUGCCACCGAAAAGGCUCUCGACGGCGGCGUCUUCAAGGCGGCCAUUCUGCGGGAGCUGCGCCAACUGGAGCCGCAGGUGGAGGCCAACAGCAGUCUCGCCUCGCCGGCCCACCAGAUCCACGACCUGGAGACGAGCGCCGAGACGAGCAGCCAACGUGGCGACUUCCGCAGCGCCCUGCAGCACUACGACGACAUUGUGGACAAUAUUUACGAGCGGCGGGGUGCCCGGAUGUAUGGGGAUCUGUUGCGUCGCGUCGAGGUGCUCCGGCUGCUGCUGCUGGUGCAUCUGAAUCUGCCGCCCGCCCGCCAGUCGCCCGCCCACAUCAAACUGAUCGAGCACUACUACGGCCUGGCCGUGUUCGAGUUGAAGGCGCGUCCCAGUUCGUCCCUGGCGGACGAGGGAUCGGGCCAGCGGCCGGGCGCCUUUGUGCCCGAGCAGCAGCAGUACGCCCUGGCGGAGAUCGCCUGCGCCUGGGUGGAGCGCAAGAUGUACGAUCUGAAGCAACUCCUGCGCGACUUUGGGGCGGAGUUCGGGGCCCUGAGCCCGGCGGAGCGGCAGCUGCUGAAGGUGAUGCACUCGGAUCUAUCCAGGAGCUACUAGCUCGUGGUACUCCUCGUGGUGUAGGACAUGUAACUAUCGCCUAAGAGCAACCAAGUCUACCACUAACCUUUGAACGUGCCUACACGGAAAAAAAUUAACAAGUCGAAAGGGGGGGGGAAGUCUACUAAAAAUAUUUAAAAAUAAAAAAAAAAGAAUAAAAAAACGCAUCUAAUAAGCACACACAGAUUUGAAAAAAUGUACAAUAAAUAAAAAAAUAAUAAUUCUGGAAAUUUUUGUGUCAAGAA